UGCAGAUGUUGCUAUGAGGAAAGGAGUCAGCAAUGACUGAUGUGGAGCCUGUGGUCACAGAUUUUGCAGCAUCAGGACGGGCAGGCCGCCGGAACGCCUUACCAGAUAUUCUGGGCUCUCCUGCUGGUGCUGGGACUUCAGACCUGCCGCACAAACUGGCUGAGCUCUCUGUUUCAGAAGAUGAAGGAGCAGAGGGUGGAGAAGUGCCGUCAUCCAAAGCCUUGCUGGAAAGUCAAGAGGCGGAAGGAAAAAGCAAUGAUUCCUAACACCUAAGGACUGCUGGAUUAAUGAAACCCGUCGACAGACUUUCCAGUUUCCCUGUGUCGCCCCUUCUGAAGUGUGGUAGCAAC